UUCUCAGAGAAACUCACAUGAUCCAUUUUGUGCAAUAGCUGAUUUUAGGGAAGCAGGAGAGAGAUGAGGAAAUCAGAGUUAUUUACCCAGGACAGGUAUGAGGUGAGCUUAUGUCUAAGCACGUCUAAGGUGAGCGAAGCAUGGCCUGGACCACUCUGUUGCACAGUCAUAGUCUUCAUAAAGUAAACCCACCCCAACAAAUCCACCAUCCUGCAGGGACAAGGUCUCUUCCCUUGAGAGAAGAUGGUUUAAGUGAUUAACUCUUUUUCUUUUUUUCUUUUUUUUUUCUUUUGCUAAUGUUUUGGGGCUUGGCUUUCUGGUUAACUGAGUAUGGUAAAUAUUAAGCCUCACCCUGUACCAUUUCAUAAAUAUGCUCUGAGCCUUCCCCACACAGGAACAUCUAUGAGGAAAAGGAAGAAAUUUGUUUUUGUCCCUAUUUUGUGCCAAGAGCGGCUCAGUCUUAUAGAAGGGAGGUAUAGUACUAGAACGAAGCAGGAUUUGGGGACUGAAAUCCAUGCUCCCCUUUGCUGACACACUACCUCUGACUUCUGGGGUGAGAUGAUGUUUCCCCAGCCCUGACAGAAUCUCAGAAUGGUUGAGGCUGGCAGGGACCUCCGGAGAUCAUCUACUCCAACCCCUGCUCAAGCAGGGUCACCUGGAGCAGGUUGCCCUGUGUUCAAGGGGAAGCAAGCCAUGUUGCAAAACACAAAGCAUGCAGGAUUCAAAUGUUUGCCAGGUUGGAGGCUGGGGCAAAGCUUUUGCUCAAAACCUGUUAUCUUAGCUGUUAUAUUUCAGUGGGGACACGAGGGGACCCAGGGCAGUUCAGAGUGGAUGAGGAUAUGUUUUAUUCUUUUAUGAGCACGGCGUUUGGGGAAUUUGCCUGCCGUUUGCCUCCCCUGUGGCAAGUUGCAGAAGGAGGGCUGUUUGCUGUGUGUUUUCUCCAUCCUGUUCCUGCCUGUUAACCCCAGUGCUCCUUCUUGCAGCACUGCAGGAGCUGACCAUACUGCCCAGCAGAGACCCAGCUGACCCAGCAUCAAACCAGCCAGCAUGGGACUGGGCCUGGAGUGCCUGGAUCUACCCUGCAGUCCUGGGAGACCUUUGCGCGUCUUUCCUGUGCUGCCACCAGCCGGCUGCCACAAGCACUACUGGCACUGCUCCACCUGGACUCUGCUAAUCCUUGCGGGUUAUUCUUUUGGCCAGCAACAGGGGAAACAACGUUUACUGCCUUGGGCAACACUCCCAAUCCCCCCCGGGAGCCACUACGUGUGCAUGGUAACAAUAAUGAGCUUAAUUAGCAAUAAUACAAGAAUCAUUAAAUAACCUUGGUAAUGAAUUGUAGGCAUUACUAUACUGCUUUUCAUCUGGAAGGAUCCCAGCGGCAAAUACCUCUGUCUAGUACAUCCCAUCAGGGCUUGCCCAGGGAGGCUCAGCGAGUGAGUAGAGUCUGUUGCUGCGAGCGUCCCUGUGCGGGGCACGGGCCCUCCUGCCGUGCUUACGGUGUCCCCAGGCAGCUGGGGUGGUGACUCAGUCGGUGUUGGUCACCCAGGGGCUAAUCACAGCAGCUUGUAGGAUGCACCUGGGACUGCUUUUGGGCCACUCCUCUGCUGUCUUGGGGUAUAUGCUUGCUUGAAACAUAAGCUGUGUUUCUCUUUCUCUUUUUCUUCCCUCUCUGUUUUUGCCUCUUUCCUUCCUUUCUGUCCAGUACCUUUCAGCUUCUCUCUGCUGCCCUCUUGCAGUCUUUUCCCUUUUUUCUCACCCUUCCUUUCCUCCCUUUUACACCCAUCUGCUCAGUGUGACCUUCCCCUCUCCAAGCGCAAACUGCACAGCGGGUUGUACGCUGCCGCAGGGCCUUGGUGGAAAAGGCAGAGCGCAGCUCUGGAGAUCCCUUCCCCAGGGCCAGGCGCACCAGAGGUGAAACGCACAGCUCCCGCGGGCAUGGCUGAGACUGUGCGAUGAGGAACAGCAAAUUCCUCCUCUGUGACAGCGUGUCCCAGGUGCUGCGGUUCACCGUUCAGUGCAAUGUGCUGCGACAGUCGUGUGCUUUGGUCCAUGUCCCGACUUGGCCUCUCCCGACGGCAGAGGGUGCCCCGGGCCCGGGAAUCUCAUGAGUGCCGGCCCCGGGAGUGUCCAGCCCUCCUGGCAGCCCCUGCGGGACUGGCAGCAGGCAUCACUGCCAGGAAUUUUGUGCCGGUGUGAAAGAAACUGGACACCAGACACUCUUAUACAUCGCAGUAGAGAUCCUAAGGCAUGGACAAGAAUCUGCAGGGGGAGAAGGGGUGAGGAAGGGGGUUUCCCAGCCUGUUUGAGUUACCCUGGGUUAUCACAGGUUUCUGUUGCAUGGUUUGUUGUGAUUCUCUGGAGAGCAGAGUCCAGCAGGCACAACAGGAUAGUGUAGGGACAGGGGAGGCUGCUGGGUUUGCUGCUGUUUAGUGACCUAGGGGUGUCUACACAUUGCAAUUUUUUAAACUGGACAAUGAACCCUCUCUGAGCUGCUCUGAAAUUUGGGACAGCCACCAAACUCCUCUCGGUUGUCUCUGCAAAAGGAGGAGCAUCCCUCCAUGUCUCUGCUGUUGCUCUGCUCUGGUGGGGCUGCAAGUGCUCCAUCAGCCCGCGUUUUCUCCUGCAGUUGUUGUAGCUCUGCCCUGGGGCCCUGCUGAUCAUCACUCGUGAUGGGGUAGCUACGGCGAAGGGUGCCUGGGGGUGUAUUGGGAAGGAUUUGGCCCGUGAGACUUGCUGGCAGCAUGCUCCGUUUAGGGGACGUUUUGGCCCUGAUGGGCUGUUGCUGCCUGACCCUGUGUCCAUAGCGCUUGGCUGAGACGCUGCUGGCCCGAUGCAGCGAGGCUGCUUAAUUGGAGCUUUUAAUGCGCUGCGGAGCUGAUGUGUGAACAGGUUCAUUGUGAGGAGCAGGCAGGGCUGGAGGACGCUUAGGACCCAGGGGAAGCAUCAGAGAGCUUCGCCGGCUGGGCUUGAAGGAGUUCCUGCCUCCCCGGCAGGACUUCUCAGGUGUCCUGGUGCUGCGGGCGCUGCGGCAAGGCGAGCUCGGCCCUCCCGGCAGCUCCCCCUUCCCCGCGUCCAUGCCCAUCCUCUGAGCCCCCCGGGCGCCCGCUCCCCCAUGCGCUCGCCCAGGGACGGCUUCGCACCAUGAACGACCAGUACCACCGAGCAGCCCGGGAUGGCUACCUGGACCUCCUGAAGGAAGCCACCAAGAAGGACCUGAACUCACCGGACGAGGAUGGCAUGACCCCAACCCUCUGGGCCGCUUACCACGGCAACCUGGAUGCCCUGCGCCUGAUUGUCAGCCGAGGGGGAGAUCCAGACAAAUGUGACAUCUGGGGGAACACCCCUCUCCACCUGGCAGCAGCCAAUGGCCACCUGAACUGCCUUUCCUUCCUCAUCUCUUUUGGGGCCAACAUCUGGUGCCUGGACAAUGACUACCACACCCCGCUAGACAUGGCAGCCAUGAAGGGACACAUGGAGUGUGUGCGUUACCUGGACUCCAUCGCUGCCAAGCAGAGCAGCCUCAACCCCAAGCUGGUGAGCAAACUGAAGGACAAGGCCUUCCGCGAUGCAGAGCGGAGGAUUAAGGACUGUGUGAAGCUGCAGAAGAAGCACCACGAAAGGAUGGAGAAACGGUACAAAAAGGAGAUGUCAGAUAAUUCAGACACCAUGAGCUUCUCUAGCUAUUCGAGUAGCACUUUAAGCAAGAAGUUCCAACACAUGUCUAUGGUAACUUCCCUGCCAUACUCACAAGCCACCAUCCAUGGUACAGCCAAGGGAAAGACGAAAAUACAGAAGAAGCUAGAGAAGAAGAAGCAGGUGGAUGGCACAUUCAAAAUAUAUGAGGAUGGGAGGAAAAGUGUGCGGUCUCUGUCUGGCCUGCAGCUAGGGAAUGAUGUCAUGUUUGUGAAACAAGGCACAUACGCCAGCCCCAAGGAGUGGACUCGGCGUAAUAUCAGAGACAUGUUCCUCACAGAUGAAGAUACCGUCUCCCGUGCCAUAAGCGAUCCAGGUUUGCAUAUGGACUCAGCCCACUCGGAAGUCAGCACUGACUCUGGCCACGACUCCUUGUUUAACCGCCCUGGGCUGGGCACUAUGGUGUUCCGGCGCAACUACGUCAGCAGCGGGCUCUUUGGGAUCGGCCGGGAGGACACUGGCACACUGGGAGAAAGCAACGCCGAUGGGGUAGGUGUCAAACUGCGGAGUCGCCUGCAGCGCUCGCCAAGUCUCAACGAUAGCAUUGGCAGUGCCAACAGCCUGCAGGAGAGGAACGCAGAGGAGCUACCCUGGGACGAGGUGGAGCUGGGCUUAGAUGAUGAUGAUGAACCAGACACCAGCCCCUUGGAGACUUUCCUGGCUUCUCUGCACAUGUUUGAGUUCAUCUCCAUCUUGAAGAAGGAAAAGAUCGACUUGGAGGCCCUCAUGCUAUGUUCAGAUAAUGACCUGAAAAGCAUCAAUAUCCCAUUGGGUCCCAGGAAAAAGAUUGUGGAUGCCAUCCAGCGGAGACGGCAGACUUUGGAGAGGCCAGAUGUCAUUGUAGACACAGAACUAUAGCAGCAGCAGCAUUUUUUUUUCCAUGAACAAGAAACAAAACCAGUUCUAAGUUGCCAGAAAACACAAGCCAGAGACUCUCUUCCUGGGGCAGCUGGAUGCCGUCCCCUUCAGUCCCUCUGAACUGCCCUCCUGCUCCCUCGCUGUGCUCCUUGGCUGUGCAGUGCUCCCAGGUGGUACCUGGUACUGAGAGGUGAUUGCUGAGCUCGGACUAGGCAGCUUCAUCCUGCCUGUCCGAUGGGACAACCGUUGCCUCCUCUUUGGAGGAACAUGAGUGUGCUGCACAGAUGGCUAGGAAACUGUGUAGUCGCACACGGCUGAGAAACCAUGCAAAGCCAUGAGUGGAAGGAGUUAUGUGAUGGUAUUUUCAAAGGGACCCAAAAUAAAUAAUUACACCCAGA